GUACUAAAAUGUAUAAUUACACUGUAACAGGCACACAUUAAAUGGUAGUGACUUCAUGUCAUUGACAAUAAAUUGUUCUUUCUGUCCAGCUGAAGACUUUAGUCUUGUGAUUCCUAGUGCCACUGUGUCUGCUGACCCUGGAGCAGACGUCAUCUUACCUGUUCAUCUCUCACCUGAAACCAGUGUUGUGUCCAUGAACAUCAGCUGGUAUAGAGGGACAGAUCGCAUUUAUCAGUAUAUGAAUGGACUGGAGACAACAGACAGUGACUAUGUGAACAGAGUGAGUAUGUCCAUCCAGGAGCUGGAGAGAGGAAAUUUUUCUCUGACUUUGAGAAAUGUUCAACCUUCAGAUUCAGGAGGCUACAGAUGCAACGUCUAUCAUUAUGGAUGUAUGCAGACUGGAACAGUUCACCUACAAGUGAGAGAACUCCGGAAGAGUGAUGGUACAUUAGAGGUUCUUCAGGACAUGAUAAGAAAAUUACAAGAUGAUAUUCUGCAACAAAAAACAGACCUUCCAGAGAAAACACUAAAACUGCUCCAAGAAGCACUAAAAAAGGAUGACAAGGAUGAAAAGAGAAAGAAAAAGCCAUCUGUUGUGGGAGAAGAUAGCACAACAGAGACAGAGUUAAUGGAAGAUUUUACAUUAAGAAGUAGAGGUAGCUUGGAUGGACUUCCUCCACUCAUGGCAAGAGAGAGCGGCGAUCAAAACACAAGACCAACAAGAGAAGAGAAUACUGGCACUGAGCAAGAGUUUUUGGCCCCAGCUGUGUCAUCAUCACUGGUUUUGCAAACAGAACAUGCAUCAGUAUAUGCAAUAAUGCAAGAAAGGAGACAAGAGAGUGUUGCCACAGAGCAAGUGGGAUCCUCCUCAUCUAUGCAAUCACAGGUACAAGAAAGUGAAAGAACAUCACAAUCCGUCUCACCACUACCUGGAGAUAGAACAUCACAAUCAGUCUCAUCACUACCUGGAGAUACAACACAAACACCAGAGAGAUCUAUAGACAGAACGCAGAUGACUCAAAGGAGACGGCAACAGAAAGACAAUAAGUGCUCAGUUAUGUAG